AUGGAUUACUCAAAGACAAGCAUUGGAGUCGCUAUUCGAAUCCGACCUUUGCUGCCAGAUGAAGCACUAAAAGGCCAUACAAAUUCAUAUAUAGAAGCAGACUCAUCUUCUCAAUCAAUUAUGUAAAUUCUACAUAGUGUUUCAAAUAUCCAGCAAAAUAUUACCUCAUCGUUAAAAUUUUUUUUUUAGUAUAUAUCAAUUUUUUUAUAGAAAAUCAUUAUUUUCUUAUAGGAGAUUUAAUAAAAGAUAUAAAUUUGAUACAACCCUAGAAGAAACUGCAAGCCAAGAAGAAGUCUUUAAUGAGCUAAAAAUUGAAACUUUAGUCAAAAAAGUCGUCGAAGGCUUCAACGCAACAAUUUUUGCAUAUGGGCAAACAGGGUCAGGCAAAACGUUCACAAUGGAAGGAUACGAAUACGACAGCCGCCUUCGGCCAAUCAUAAAAGACAACGAAAAUAUUGGACUUGCCCCAAGAUCUAUAAAAGCCCUUUUCAACGAGCUCCAAAAUAAAAAAUCCACAGAUUUUACUGUGUACUGUACAUAUAUUCAGCUCUACAAAGAAAAUAUUUAUGAUUUAUUAAACCCAGCCCACACCAAAGCAGGGCUUAAGCUGAGGUGAAACAAGCAUGAAGAAUUUUACGUGGAAAACGUUUUUAUGCACCCUUGUCACACUGCGCAAGAAGUCUUAACUUAUUAUCACCAAGGCUUAAAAAACAAAAUCAUGGCUUCCCACAACGUAAAUGCAGCGUCCUCCAGGUCUCAUUCCAUUUUAAGCUUAAUAGUAGAAGCCGUUAAUAAUAAGGUGGGGAAAAUCACCACAAGCAGAAUGCAGCUUGUUGACCUUGCAGGAAGCGAAAAAACUUCAUUGACUGGUAAUGAAGGGAUGGCGCUAAAAGAAAGUAUAGAAAUAAAUAAAGCGCUUUUUACGCUGAGGCAGGUUAUAAGUGCUUUGUCGACUGCGAGAAUAGGUGAGCCAAGCUUCGUGCCUUAUAGAGAUUCAAAGCUUACGAGCUUGUUAAAGCAAAGCAUUGGAGGAAAUAGCUAUUGUGUGAUGAUUGCAUGCAUUGCACCAAUUGAUGAUUAUUUUGAUGAAAAUGUCAGCACUUUAUUGUAUGCGACAAAGGCUGGAAAUAUUGCAAAUGAGCCGAUUAAAAAUUUGGACCCAAAAACCAAGGUUAUUAAAGAACUGAAAAAAGAGCUGAAGAAAGCUAAAGAAGAGUUGUCACAAGCUAAUAAACAUAUAGUUAUUUUGACAGAGCUGAUAACGCUUGAUAAAGCGCAGCAGAUUUCGAAGCUGAAAGAAUAUGAAAAGCAGCCGUUACGAAAGUCGCAGAUUAAAAAAAUCCAAGAUUUGAGGUCUACGUUAGAAAACUUUGGACCAGAUAUACCAGUUAGAAUAAUUUUAGGAAACAAAAAUUUUUAUUCUGUUUUUUAUUAAAUUAUCUGGAUUAUAUCUAAUAAAAAUAAAAUUUACAGUGUAAAGAUGAUGGUGUUAUAGCUCAAUCCAGCACAGAAUAUUUCAUAAAAUGCUUAUUUAAUAGACAAUAUAUAAGAGAUCGACUUCUCCUGAAAAAUUUCCAAAAGUUGCAUUUAAUGAAAACUCAGCACAGAAUACUGAAGAAAUUGGAGAAAAACUUUAUGAUAGUGUAAAAAUGAUACGUGACCUAAUGGAACAUAAUAAAAAGCUCAAAGCAGCUUUAAGGGAUCAGACUUCCGCUAGGAAAAACAAAGAAGCUGAAGUAUUGCAAUUGCAAUACGAAAAUAGAGAACUUAUUAUGAAAAUUGAAAAUCUAGAAAAUUUAUAUAGCCUAUCACUGGUUUGGACCGGGCUUGAUUGGCGUCAGGAGGUGCCACAUAGGGAGUUGGCAAGUCCUCUUGUUAUUGGAGAUUCCUCAUCUGGGAAUUUGGCUGUGCUAGCAAAUGUUGGUUUGUCGAAUCCCCAUCUGACUCCUCCCGAAGUCAGUCAAGCCCGAUCUAAAGCAGGGACUGGACUAUACUAUAAAAACGAAAUAUAAAUCAUAUAUAUUUAUUAAUAUUACCUAAAAAUCUAAUAUAAAGGCUCAGCAGAAAUAAUUAUAAAUGAAUUAUGGCAAGCAUAUUAAAAGAAGGCGGAAGAACCAAUAGAAAUCUUAUCGAAAUGCAGCACGCCAAAGAAGACUUAGAAAAAAGAGUAAUUCAGAUGGAAAUUGAAAGAGAAGAAGAAAAACCUAAAAGAAAAUGGGCUUCCAAGCGGGUUAUAAGGGACGAAAACUAUGUAAAAACAGUUAAUUUUGAAAAGCCAGCCUCUACCAGCCCAUCAAGAAACAGAGAAACCAAAUCUCAAAUGAGAGAAAGUGAAUACAAAAUGCCCGCAAUUCAAAACAAAACCCUACAGAAUUUCGAUUUACGGCCGAUUUCUCAAGAUAGACCUAUUGAAAAUAUGUCAAAAUUGGAUGCUAUAAAAGCCUUAUCAAUGAUGCUUAGAGGCCGAGCUGAAGCAGCUAAGAAAUUUGGGUAA